AUGAGUCACAACAACACACACAUCUAUCACGUCAUGAGGAACAACAACACACACAUCUAUGACGUCAUGAGUCACGACAACACACACAUCUAUCACGUCAUGAGUCACGACAACACACACAUCUAUGACGUCAUGAGUCACGACAACACACACAUCUAUGACGUCAUGAGUCACAACAACACACACAUCUAUCACAUCAUGAGUCACGACAACACACACAUCUCUCACGUCAUGAGGAACAACAACACACACAUCUAUGACGUCAUGAGUCACGACAACACACACAUCUCUCGCGUCAUGAGGAACAACAACACACACAUCUCUCACGUCAUGAGGAACAACAACACACACAUCUAUGACGUCAUGAGUCACAACAAUACACACAUCUAUCACGUCAUGAGGAACAACAACACACACAUCUAUGACGUCAUGAGUCACAACACACACGUCUAUGACGUCAUGAGUCACAACAACACACACAUCUCUCACGUCAUGAGGAACAACAACACACACAUCUAUGACGUCAUGAGUCACAACAACACACACAUCUCUUGCGUCACGAGGAACAACAACACACACAUCUAUGACGUCAUGAGUCACGUCAACACACACAUCUAUCACGUCAUGAGUCACGACAACACACGUCUAUGA